AUGCGCCACGCUGGCCUUGCCCGGUGCUGCUCUCCACCACCUCGCCGCCAUCCGGACCUCUCUCGCUCCGGACCUCUCUCACGCUCGCCCGCACGCACCCGCGCCGCAUCUCUGCUGCUCGCCGCGCACGUCCCGCCCGCUGUCGCGCGUUCGCCGGCUCGCUUGCCUCCCUCCACCACACCGCACCGCACCGCAUCGCCAAGCGCUGCGACUUUGUCUCGUCGCGCCCUCGUACCGCCGCCCGCACGUUGUACGCGGAUCCGCCUUCCGAACCACGACCUCCUCUGCUCGCUCGUCGCGACUAGCUCCACCGACAGUCCUGCGGUGAACGCGUCGUCCUCGCAGACCACGACUGCCGACGGCAAGGACACGCAUGGCAUCGUGAACCAGCACCCCGCCGCGGCACACCACGGCACGGCGCCGUUCCGCGUGGGCGUGUCCGAGGACCGCAACAAGCGCUGGCGGCGCACGAUGGAGGACUCGCACGCCUUUGUGUACGAUUUUGGCGGCGUGCCCGGCCAGGGCUUCUUUGGCGUGUUUGACGGCCAUGCGGGCAAGCAUUCGGCGGAGUGGUGCGGGCAGCACUUUCACGAGUACCUCCUGGACACGCUGGCCUCCAACAGCAGCAAGACGGUGCCCGACGUCUUCAACCUCACCUUCCACGCCGUCGAUGAGCGUCUGAGUGAGCUUGCAGACAAGGAGGGCACCUCGUCGGGCUGCACGGCCGUCACUGUCUUUCUGCGUCUCGAAGACGAGAAUGGCCGUCCAGUGCAGCAUGCCCAGAGCGGUGGUGUGCGUCCGAAGCAGGGCGCUGCCGACUCGGCGCCCGCUGGAGAGACACCGGCCAGCCCGAAGAAGGAGGACGAGUCAAAGGGCGGCCUGUUGGGCUGGGCGCGGCGCAUGAGACACCCGAGCUCGGGCAGCGGCGAGGGAGAGGCGGCAGCUGCCUCGGCUGCUGCUGCGGCGACGUCAAAUGAGCCGCCUGCAACUGCGGCCGAGUCGAAGACACCGGCGGAGGACAAGACGCAGGAGCAGCAGCAGCAACAGCAGCCUUCGAGCAAGAGCGCAGAGCCAGAGCAGGCAAGCAAGUCGAGCACGGCGGCGGCCAGACGGGUGCUGUACACUGCAAAUGUGGGCGAUGCGCGAGCGGUGCUCUGCCGCGGCGGAAAGGCAGUGCGUCUCACGUACGACCACAAAGGCUCGGACGCGCAAGAGGCCAAGCGCAUCACGGACGCCGGAGGCUUUGUGAUGAACAAUCGUGUCAAUGGCGUGCUGGCCGUGACGCGCUCGCUCGGAGAUGCGGCCAUGAAGGAGUUUGUCGUUGGCUCGCCCUAUACCACCGAGACGAGCCUGAGUGAAGACGACACGCUGCUCAUUGUGGCAUGCGAUGGGCUGUGGGACGUCGUCGAUGAUCAGGACGCGGUCGAUCUCGUCGCCAACGUUGAGGAUCCGCAAGAGGCAUCCGAGAUGCUGCUGCAGCAUGCGCUCAGCAACUUCUCGACGGACAAUCUGAGCGUGCUCGUCAUCCGCAUGCCCACGUCCAACGCGGCGGCCGUGGACGCGCAGCCGGCGCCCGGCGAGAAGGCCGGCGACUCGCAGGGCGUGGCGCAGAGCACGGGCGAGAAGUUCGAGCACCAGGCGUAG